UAUCUCUCCAAAUAGGUACGAAUCGCGUCUUAUCAAACUCAUUUUACAUAGAAUCGAACAAGAAUCUUGGAACAUCGAAUAAUACUAUCUAUACAUCUCUCUAGAGGAAGAGUGUCGCCGUUCAUCGGUUGGUAAUUGAAGAUGGUUAGACGAAAUGAGUUGAAAGACGUGGAUAUAUCGAUCAGCCUCAAGUACGGCAUCCACACCAUUUUCCUAUUCGUUGACCCGAUGAAACCUCUUAUCGACGUAGCAGAAGAGUUGUUGGAAAUCUUGACGGAGCGCUAUCCUAAGGGAUUAACAUCUUUUUCGCUGGAGAGAGGAGAGUCGAAGAUCGAGCUUCCUGAUGACCCUGAGCAAAUCGAGUUUGCUCUACCCAAGGUAGCAAACGAUUUUAGUCAAGGCUGGGAUACUCUUGAUUCCGCGAAAACGCAAACUCCAGUCGAUAUUGGCCUUGCAAACAACAACGUUGUGGCAUUCACUUUCAAACCCUCAGAUGCAGACUCGGAAUACGAGCCCGAAUUCCAAGUCGACGUCCCGGACCUCGAGGAUGUUCCUGUUGAAGAGUAACGAACGUAUCUGUAGUGGUCACAUUUUAACAUUCGAUUGAUGCUGGUAGUGAUGGGAUUUGAUGGAUGAUUACGAUGACUUCGAGUAGCGAUUUUGAAAUAUGUUGGGCUUUUAUAUAUUGAAGAAAGCUAGACGAGAAUACUAUAAGAUGAGAAGACCGCCAUGUCUCAUGAUACACCAUGAUGUACCUACCUAGAUACCUAAAUACCCAGUAUCUAUGUGGGUAGCUCAUCAUAUCAUUUGACCUAAGUUACUACAAUUCUAGUAACGUCGGGAAAAGAUCAAAGAAUACAACAAAAAACAAAGCCC